AUGGAUACAACUGAAGAGGUGAAAAUAGAGCUGACUGACGACAACAGCGACGAGAUCGACGAUUUUCAUCGAGAGAUACGGACAGAGGUGAUGGCGGAAGCGAAAAGAAAUUUUGAUAUGCUUCUUGAAUGUCGACCAACUGUUGAUCGUAACACUGCCUACAAAAUGUUCCAGGACUAUAAGAUCGAUUUGGCUGAGAAGAAACGAUACUACUUCCACGAACAAUUCGAGAGCCUGAUAAAACUCACCAAGGAGUACAUAAAAAAUAAUACUGAAGAAAUUCACGUGGCUUCAAUCAAACGGCCAGAGACGAUUGCAACAAAAGCUUCCACUUCAAGAAGUAUCUGCCCAUUUCCGCACGACUCAAGCGUUGAAAACAUAGAAAAUAUCUUGCAAAUCACAUUAUAUGCACCCGAAGUGCGCCUCGAAUUCCCUUACGAUCAGCCUCACAUCGAAAGCUCGGUAGAAUGGUCGCUUCAUUGGGAUCCCUGGGUUGCGAAGGUCAAGACCAAGGACGAAGCAGAAAGUAUUUUCAACGAAUUUUCUGAGCGAGAGGAAGAUCACGAGACGUUCACAACUCGAAAUCUCAUACAUUCUUGUUUUCAAGCAACGAAGAAAUUGCAACCUGCAAAAAUAAAACCUCUCAAUAGAAAAUUGGCUGACAGUUAUCGAUCUUCUUCGCUUCAGAAAAAGAUCUGUACUCGUUUUGUAAAAAGUUCCAACAAGGAACCAAUGCCUAAAGUUCCCUUGAAAAUCAUCAAUAGAAACACAGAAAAAGGAAUCUUCGCACGAAACAACGCCAAAGAGAAGGAGAUAGAUGAUAGAAUCAGAAAAGCAGUCAGACAUCAUGAAGUCUUCAAUAAGUCUAUUAUUCCUGCCGGCAAAAUUGCGGAGAUGAAAGCAUAUUCUAAGAAAUUCGCCCAAACGAAUGAAAACGAAGUCAUCAAUAAAGCCAUCACACUGUCCGACGUUUUCACUAAACCUCCUAUUCCACCCCCAAAGAGUGAGAAGACAAAUGGUUGUGCGCCGAAACAAGCAGAGAAAAAUGACAAGGUCAAGAAUCAGGAGGCGCUCAUCAAACCUGAUGCUCCAACGACAAACGAAAAAAUUAAGGAAAUUGAGAAUACGUUGAAAGAAAAGAUGAAAGCUUUUGCUACAAAACUUGCCGAAAAGAAAUAA